GUAUUUAACAUUGCUUUGAAAUGGUAACUUUUUUCCUUUAUGUUUUUGGAAAAGUAUCCCUGCAAUUCCAAAAUCUUUUGUUCACGAGGACCCUAGAUGUCCCUUCCCUCUCUUUAAAUACCCUUUCCCUCCUCUUCUGUCCUUCCCUUUUCCCCUCUUCUCUUACUUCCUAGCAUCAAUUUAAAAUUUCUAGCCUCAUUUUGGUUGGUUUACUUUGAUUUUUCUUAUUUGGUUUCGUCUUAUUAACCCAAUGUUCUUAGCUGAAGAAGCGGUUCAAUUCCAAAUACCGGUUCAUGAAACUGGUUUUACACCCGAAGAAGUUGAAGAAUUAUUAUCAUUUCUUGAAUCUGAUGAACGGGUUAGUCCAAACUCCGGUUCAGAAGGUUCAAGUCGGGCGGUAUUUUCACCGGACGAGAGGAAGCAUAGACGCAUGAUAUCAAACCGGGAGUCAGCCAGGCGGUCACGUUGGAGAAAAAAGAGGCACUUGGAGAACCUCACGGACCAAGUGAACCGGAUGAACAUAGAGAACCAGCAGCUUAAGAACAGGCUAAGUUCAGUCAUUAAUCAGUGUCACGCUGCAUGGCGAGAAAAUGAACAGUUAAGAUCCGAAUCCAUAGUACUUUGGGCCAAGCUCUUGGAUCUAUACUGGACUUUAGCCGCCAUGCAAGCAAAUUAGCAGCCUACUUUUUAUAGAGUUUAACUUAACUAAAAAUUAUUAUCACAUUGCCAUUAUUCGUGUCAUCUGUUGAUAUCAUGUUGAAAUGUUAAUUUCACUAUUUAAAUGAUCAGAGAUCAAUCUCUGACAACCUUCUAAUAUAGUUGCUUUUGCAUGUGUAUUGUAAGUUAGGCAGACAAGUAAAUGAAUUCUUGUAUAUAAUUCAUGGGUCAAUGAGUUCUUGUAUAUUAGUGAAUGCGAUGAUGUUUGUUUCACUGUCUUAUAUGAAGAAUUAUUGUUAAUUUGGAUGCGAUUCAUGGAUAAAAUGUUGACAAGUUUUGACAAUAUUAAACUUCUCUCUUUGCAAACGAAAAGAGCAACCGACAAAAACUUUUGGACGUAAACGUGUGGUGGUUUGGUUUAAUUUUCGUGGGCGGCUGUUGGCUUUAAAGCUUAUAAAAUUUGAAGUGACCCCAUGGAUGAAACCAUGGUUUCAUCUGCUAAAAAGUUGAUUAGAAAUUUAUUGGUA